AUGAACAAAACAAAUCUCAUUAUUGUUCCCUGUCACUCCAUAUGGAAGAUUGACGACCGUCUAGACUCGGAAAACUAUGGUCAGUACCCCGAACAUUGGUUUUUGGCGCCGUUUCAAUACGAGGGACAUGAUCACUUAGCAUUCAUUAUGCAUUCCCUUUUGGCAGUUGAAAAGUUGUUGGACGACGUUUCUGGUUCACUGCUUCUUUUUAGCGGCUCUUGCACAAAAGCAGAUGCUGGCCAGGUUUCGGAAGCUCAGUCAUACCUCUCACUCACUCGUAAACUUCUAACUGCUGUUAUAUACGAAGUCGAGCUUCCUGUUUCUCUGUUAAACUCUACCGAUGUUCACAAGGCCUGUGCGCACAUUGCCGAAAGGAUAAAAGCUCAAGGUCUAACGGUAACUGGGCUGUUCACAGAGCAUAUUUCAACUGAGGAGUUUGCGUUGGACUCAUUUGAUAACUUGCUGUAUUCGCUGACAAGGUUCCAUGAGUUAACUUCGAACUAUGCUUCUAGUGUUACCAUAGCUGGCUUUGGAUUCAAAACAAAGCGCUUUUUGCAGUGUCACGCAUGUGCCAUCGACUAUCCAUUGAGCAAAAUAGAGUAUUUGUCCUAUGAACCCCAGCCUCAGUAUUCCGAAACUGAAAAAAUAGAGGCAUACUUCAAUGAUUUAAACUACCAGGAAAGCAAAAAUGCUCUGGAGUUGUUCAAGAUAGAUUGGUACGGAACAAAAGAGCCAUUGCUAAGCAAGAAAAUCAAAAGGAACCCUUUUACGCUAUCGCCAAACUAUAGGCUUCCGUUUGAGCUAGAGAAACCUAUAUUGGACGAUAACGCAUUCUUCGAGACGAUGAUCCAGGGGAAAAUGCCUUGGUCGAACUCUUCUCAAAUAUGA